CUACUGCUUCCUGGUUUAUAGCCAGUGGCUACUGCUGCCUGGGUAACGAUUUCCGUGAGGUUGCUGCCUGGUAAACGAUAACUUUUAGACAACAAAACAAACUGUGAAAAGAAGCUGAUUUAAGGUCCGACUGGUAACUACAGACGGAGUGAGGAAAGACAGUGAGACUGUGCUGAGACAGAGAACUUCGAUAGAGGCAUGCUAUUCGUGUGUCUGAGAUCCUGACAGCGGUAUCUUUUUCUAAAACUGCUUUAUAGUGCGGACGUUUCUGGUCUUAUUUUAGUAGAUGUAGAAGAGGAUGAAGUGGCUUUUGCAUCUGAUAUUGGUGACCCUGAGCUUUUCUACACGGGACACAGGCCAAAUCCACUCAGAUGUCUCCAAGAAAGAGGGAGACAAAGUUGUCCUUCAGCCAGGCUUCGUGAAUGAUAUCAUCACCAGUAUAACAUGGAAACAUGGCCCUCAUGACAUCUUGGAUUGGAGUAAAGGCAAGCCUGAAUGCUACGGGGAAUUCAAAGGUCGCUGUACGCUGAACACUACAACUGGAGCGCUGACCAUCACAGACCUGACACUAAAGGACAGCGGGAGGUACACUGUAGAGGUCAACACCAAGGUCUUGAGGACGUCUAUUAACCUGGAUAUCUCUGCUGUUUCUACACCUCCACCUACACCCACUGUCAACUCAAGCUGUGGAAACCCAGUCAGCUUCAACUGCAGUGACAAAGUUGUCAACCCCUCCAGUACCAACAGGCAUAGGUGGUUCAUACUGCCAGUGGUCAUCGUCUGGGUCAUUCUAGUCGGCAUCAUUUACAAACGCAAAAAAGGACAAGAGAACAAAAAGCCUCAAGCCAAUAUCACUAAGCCUGUCCAAGAAUCAUCUAUUCAAGACCAAAAAUCCUCUGUGCAUCCAUUUCCCACCGAUGAAAGAGAGUAUGAACCAUGGCUGGCUGGUAGUGACAAUGUAGAUGGGAAUAAAUUCAUGAAAAUUGACAUUGAGGAUGUGAACACACAAGACAUUCGUCUCUCUGUCGCUGUCCAAGAAUCUUCCAGUCAAGAACAUCCUGUGUGCUCCCAGUGACCAGCCAAGAAGCUCAGAUGUAAAAUUCUUCGUGGGGAAGCCACCUGGAAUGGUUUUCCAGCAGUCUUGAAGGAGGUCCCAGAGGUGUUGAGCACUUAGCUGCACAUCUCAGUUUAUGGCCAGGUCAUGUGACAGCAGCGCUCCAUCACCCUCCUUCUUCUGAGGGCCUUACAGCUUCACUGUCUCCGGACCACCACCACGGGCCUAUGCCACGGCAAAUAAUAAUAAAAAAUAAAUGUGUUUUCGAGUGUGAAUCGACAACAAGUGUUGUCGAUUCACACUCCUAAACAGACCCGCCAUGUUACUCAUAAAAGAUCCACAACGUAUGUUUACAUUUCGCCAAUGCUAAUUUAGCAUAGCAGAUUAUAUGACAGAUGGAUAUUCUUAUAUUGUAUUCAAAAAUCCUUCAUACAGAAAUAUGAUUGUAACUUUUUCCAAGUGAUAUUAAAGAAUUUAGAAUAAAACGUUUUCCCCAGACUAUUUUACCAACUGGGACCAAUACGACGUUAUUUUUAAUAAAUCACUGAGAUUAACAGUCCACAGUUUGGUUUCCUAAUGCUUUCUGCUGUUAUUUAACUGACAGACACUUUCUGUGUGUCUGUAUGUUAGUACGUAUGUUAACUGAUCAGUGUUUAGCUGUAGUGGUCUUGUCAUUUAUAUUUUAGUAAGUUUUUGUUUGCCGUGUGAGCAAACUGAUACAGCAUUACCGAGGCAGAGGCAACUUUCAGACUGAUGAGUUUGUCAAUAAAGUUGGUAGGGGGCGCUGAUUGACGCACCUGUUCAGCUAUUGCAAUGCAGUCUGGGAUUUGUAGUAUCAAUGGUGCAAAAAGCGUGCCUUAUUCUGAUAGAUAUAAAGUAUGCGGGCCACAUACAAUUGUCCCGCGGGCAUUGAGUUUAUAAGAUGUGUGCAAUCAGAAGUAGUCUACAGUUACAUUUGUAUUCUUGAAUCCUUUUGAAUUGCACUUUUUGUUUAAUUUAUUUUAUGUUUGUGGAUAAAAACUGCUACUGAACAAGCUGUUUUUUCCCACAGUGAAGUGUUGAUUGUCAUAGAUUCAGUAAGUGAUGAUUCCCAGCUAAAGGUACAUAAUUAGAUUUUUUUAAAUUCUGUUUUUUUAAAUAUUUCUCAGUAGUUGCACUUUUCUAUUUCACAUAUACAUUUAAUGAGUGGGUCCUCAGCUAAAGCUACAUAUUUGGAGUUUUUUUUUUAACUGCUUCUCAGAUGUUGGACUUUUUUCAUUUGUGUUUUCACAUGAAAGCUCUGAGUCUGUUAAAAAACGCUGCAAUUACUGAAGUGAAGAGUUUUGGUUUGUAUUAAAAUGCAGCGAAUUGAGCGCAAAAGGGAAAGAUCCUUCUCUUGCAUCGCCACUUGUUGGUCGUUUUGUUUUAUCAUUACAUUUGCUGCUUUUGUGUUUUCAUACUGUGAUAUUCUAUUUUACUAUCUCUGGUUCAAACUGCACAAUCUGUUCAUUCACUCCAUUUGAGAAGUUGAACAUUUUCUUUGAUUUGGUUCACAGCUUGUCAUUAAAGGGUGAUGGUGGGUCCUGAAGCCAGACUAGUUGAGAACCACUGCACUAGAUGAAAUCUUUCCUGUCACAGGCCAUAAAUCUGCACAGCUCCUCAUCUGUUUGUGAUACAGGACUGACACAUUUUUACAUGGUAGUUUUUUCAUUGGUAUAAUUUCAUGUAUAUUUUGUAUGUAGAUUUUUCAUUAUUAUGUUGUGAUUAAAGUAUUUAUCUAGCUAGCGA